CAUAACCAUCUGCCACACAAGCGAAGAAGAAGAAGGAAGAAGACGACGAAGAAGAAGAAGAAGAAGACCGACGGCGUGACGACGCGUAGUGUUGACAAAUCCGGCCAGCCUGUGCUAGUUCGGUAGCAUGAUAUUUUAUUGACGUUUUGUUAAAUCCUCCGUUCAUAAUGAGUUCUCCAGAGGACAGGCACGGAACAAAACGACCCGCAUCUCCACAACAAGAUGGGUCUACUCAAUGGGAAUCAGCUGAUCUGGGAAGCAGUGAGAGGAAACAAAAGUUUUUACGGUUGAUGGGUGCUGGAAAGAAAGAACACACGGGACGCCUCGUCAUUGGUGACCACAAGUCAACGUCCCACUUCCGUAGUGGGCAGGAAGAUAGGAAGAUGAACGAGCAGCUGGAGAUGCAGUACCAGCAGGGCAUGGACGGGAAGCUGUCAGGCCGGAACCGGAGACACUGUGGCCUGGGCUUCAGUGAGCCUGAGCCGCAGCCAGAGUCGCUUCCCACCCCAACAGUGGACAGUCAGACAAAAGAAACUGAGCCAGAGAAGAGCACCGACGAAAGCGAACCCUCAGACGCCGAGGACAAAGGCUGCGAUCCCACCACUGAGGAACAGACCCCAGACCAGGCCAAGCCCAGCUCUGACAGUAGGAACGAAGAACGGAAAAACAGCUACAAAAUGGCCUUCGUGAAGUCAGCGUAGGGCCGAGGGGCUGGGCAGAGACAAAUUAGUUUUUGUAAUCUCAAAUUUGUACAUUUUGACAUUUUUGUUCAACUGUCAGUGAUUACCCAUCAUUUUAGUUCUUUUACUGUGUAGAAAUGGGUUCUCUACACAGGGGACUCACCACUGGACGACAUUGUAGUUUGCAUGUUGUCAAAAAAUGAAGUCUGCAGGCUGAAAAGUCGGCUUUUGGUCAAGUGAUGUUAUGUCAUGUUAAGAUGGCAAGUGGUGCAGUUUUUAUUUUUGUUUUACAGUUUUAACAGUCACUGCAUUUGCCAUGAAAUUGUGCUGGAUGAAACGGGAUCGCUUGCCAUUCAGAAUGAUUGGCACACACAUUGUGAAUUUUGUGAUAUCUUGCUUGAAAUCCAAUAAAAGGAAGUGUCAGUUGUAAUGUUUGCUAUUCGUAA